AUGAAGCACCUCGCAGCCUACCUCCUCCUCACCCUCGGCGGUAACACCUCGCCCUCCGCGGAGGACAUCAAGACCGUUCUCGGCGCCGCUGGUGUUGAGGUCGACAACGACCGUCUUGAGAAGCUCAUCGCUGAGCUCUCUGGCAAGGAUGUCAACGAGUUGAUCGCUGAGGGAUCCACCAAGCUUGCUUCCGUUCCUUCUGGAGGUGCUUCGUCCGGAGGUGCUGCUGCUCCUUCUGGAGGUGCCGCCGCUUCCGGAGGUGCCGCUGCUGAGCCCGAGAAGGAGGCUCCCAAGGACGAGGAGUCUGACGAGGACAUGGGUUUCGGUCUGUUCGACUAA